CCUAUAUAUUUUUUUGUUAUAUAGUUACCAUGUAAGUGUAAGAAUGAGACUAUGUCUCCUUAGUCCUCCUUACAAUAUAAAUCUGAAUCUUGAUUAACAUAACUGAUGAUCAUGACAAAUAAUGAGCGAUCAUAAACCAUACUGCAUCUAUAGACCUAAAAGUGCUAGCAUAUGCUGCCUAAAUAAUUACACAGAGACAUAUGCUUAUGCAGAGAAAUGGAGACCCACACCCACACCUAUAUAUUUUUUUGUUAUGUUAGGUCCUUUUUUCUUGUAUUCUUGCAGUUCGUCUCAGAAUGUUUCUAAAGAAUAUGAUGUGGUGGUCGUUGGAGGAGGUAUUUUGGGAAUGGCAACAGCACGAGAAAUUCUUCUUCGCCACCCAUAUCUUAAGAUGGCUGUACUGGAGAAGGAAAAGGAUCUCGCUUGUCACCAGACAGGGCAUAAUAGUGGUGUCAUACAUGCUGGCAUAUAUUACAAACCAGGCACCCUUAAAGCAAAGCUUUGUGUGGAAGGUUUGAAUCUGGCAUACAAGUACUUUGAUGAACAUAGUAUUCCAUACAAAAAGUGUGGCAAGUUAAUUGUGGCUACAGAUGCUGUCGAGGAAAAGAGACUUCAUGAUCUCAAUGAACGGGGAAUGAAGAAUGGUGUAAAAGACUUACAGAUGGUCAGUGCCAGUAUGAUUAAAGAAAUUGAGCCCCACUGUCAGGGAAUUUGUGGUCUUUGGUCCCCACACACUGGUAUAGUUGACUGGGCCGAAGUGACAAGAUCAUAUGGAAAGGAUUUCACAGAAAGGGGUGGCAAGAUUCAUCUGCAUUUUAAGGUUACUUCAUUCAAAGAAGCAGCAGAAAGUUCACUGACAUCUAAAGGUGAUGGAAACAAAUAUUCUGUUUCUGUGCACGGGAAGAAUGAUGUUGUAAAAGCGAGUUACAUCUUAACAUGUGGAGGCCUCCAGUCUGAUCAUCUAGCACAAAUGUCAGGUGGCAAGGUUGAUCCUAAGAUCAUUCCAUUUCGUGGUGAAUAUCUCCUUCUGAACCCAGAAAAGCAGCAUAUGAUUAAAGGAAAUAUAUAUCCAGUUCCAGAUCCACAAUUUCCAUUCCUUGGUGUACAUUUCACUCCUCGGAUGGAUGGAAGUAUCUGGAUUGGCCCAAAUGCUGUUCUUGCUCUGAAACGAGAGGGAUAUGGCUGGGGUGACAUUAAUAUCAAAGAAUUGAUGGAUACUUUGUCAUAUGGUGGUUUUCGCAAGAUGGCAUUAAAGAACAGCAUAUUUGGAAUAUCAGAGAUGGUAAAGUCUGCAUUUAUAACACUUCAGCUGGCAGGGAUUAAGAAAUUUAUACCAGAAAUUACAGCUGAUGAUCUGUCAAGAGGUCCAACAGGUGUACGUGCCCAAGCAAUGGACGGCAGUGGAAUGUUGGUGGACGAUUUUGUUUUUGAGAUAGGUGAUAAAGGCAUUGGCAAGAGAAUCCUGCAUUGCCGUAAUGCACCAUCACCAGGUGCAACAUCUUCUCUUGCUAUUGCAAAAAUGAUUGCUGAUAAGGCAGAAGAAGAGUUUCGGUUAUAGUGACAUCUUUACCAGGGAAUGUAUGCUGUGCAGUAGUGUAGUUAUUACAUUAGCAGAAUAAACUGGGUACAGUCAUUCCAAAAGUGGUGACCAUGUUCUGGCAUCAACCUUUAGUAUCUUAUAAAGAUGUACGUAAGGGACAUUGGGCAUGUCCAUUGCUACCACAGAUCUCCCACGUGUGGAGAGUAAUUCUGAAGUUGCUGAAUAAGCAGUUGUAGGUGGUUGACAGUGGGUAGUCAUCCAGCUUAGAAGCUUGGUAUGGGGAUGGGUUAGGAGUGAGAGUAACUACACCAGAUGCACAGAUAAAAUCCAGUGUUUGAUAUAAUUCUGUGCUGAACCUUUUUCUGUUAAGUGCUCUCUACCUUCCUUCAGCUUUCUGAUAUGUGUAUUAUAAUGUUAAUUUUUAAUAUUUUAACAAAAAUUUUAUUACUAGUUCCUUAUUUUAUCUUAAUUAAAUUUUGUGUUUAGAUACUCUGAUUUCAUAGUCUCAUGCAACGUUCCCUCUAAGCCUGGGAUGCAGGUGUGCAGGCCAUGGUGUCUUCUGAGUAGUAGUUGGUUGGCUUGGGAAACCUUUGGUUAGGGGGCAGUGAUUUUUGAUGAAUGUUUAUAACAGGCAUUAAAUUUAUAAGCUCUGAAAAGCACAGGAGAAUGGGACUCUUGUGCAAGAAUGGCACAGCCCCUAUACAUUCACGCACAAGUACACCUUAGAGCGAGCAUUGCUGUCAUGCAGAGUUGUCAGAUAAAGGUACAUCCUUGUUUCCUGUACCUCUCAAAUGUGCGUGAAUAAUAUUCCAGAUUAUAUUUAAACUUGUAGAUUUUAGUAAGACUUAAUAUUAUAUGAAAUUUCUUUAAACUGUUCCUUUCAAGAAAAUAUAUACUGGAGUGAAUUCCAUUUAUAUAUUUUAAAUUCAUUUGUUAUGGUAUAUUGUACUCAUAGCCUACACUGGCUGAAAUAUGUAGGUAAGUCAAUAGUAAGUUACAACUGGAUAUAGAACUUAAACAAAUAAGAGUACUGAUUUGAAAA